UCAGUGUGUGUGUGUGUGUGCGCACAAGAGGCGAGCUCAUUCAGGAGUCAUAGAGUUAAAAAUAACUUUAUUGCGGAUCAUGUUUUGGAAGGAGGGAUCUACUUCCCAGGCUAGGACGGCCUGCCAUGCUUGUGUUUGUGUGUGCGUGUGUGUGUGUGCAUGGGUUUAUGCAUGUGCGUGUGUGUUUUCCAGGAGCACGCUGACUUCACGCACUCUUUCCUGAUGGUGUGUGUGCUGUGUUGUGAUCCAGAUGAGCUGCUGGAUGUACUGUAAGCUGGCUCCAUGAGUGCUAUGAAUGACUCCCUGGAUGAGACUCACACCUCUGGCAGCCUCGGGGAGAAAGCCACCAUAUUUCGGGGAGCGAGGGGCGGUGGGAGCGCAGUCGGGUCGGCCUUCAUCCCAUUGCGCUCACCCUUGCAGCCACCCAAUGCUGCCGUCUUCAAAGGAAACAGAAAAGUCAGGGAGGUGGAUGAAACCCAAAUGGGACCCGUCCCAGAUCCCUUCCCAGAGUUGCUGCCAUCCGCUGUCUCCCUAGUGUCUGAGUGUCUGUUACCCUGGACCAAAAACAGUGCAACUCAGGUAAUCAAAGUGUACAGUGAAGAUAACACCAGCCGAGCCGUGGAGGUGCCCAGUGACAUCACUGCCCGGGACAUAUGCCAGCUGUUCAUCCUGAAAAACCACUGCGUCGAUGACCACAGCUGGACUCUGUUUGAGCAGAUCCCACAUCUCAGUAUUGGUGAGUCAAUAAGCACAUCAGCUAGAAAAAACGCUGCAAAAAAUGUGUUUAUGUUGUGUCUGCUGUUUCUCCUGCAGACGUUUCUCAGCUCCAGUUCCUGUCCUGAGAUUCACGGCUUCCUCCACGCCAAAGAGCAUGGCAGAAAAUCCUGGAAGAAGUUUUACUUUGUGUUAAGAAGAUCAGGACUGUAUUUCUCCAACAAGGGCACAUCAAAGGAACCCAGACACUUGCAGUUCAUCGCGGAGUUUAGUGACAGCGAUGUCUACACGUUAUUAUCUGCCAAAAAGGUUUACGGAGCGCCAACAGACUACGGCUUCUGUGUGAAGGCCAGCAAGUCGAGUUCUGCACGUGAUCUGAAACUGCUGUGUGCGGAUGAUGAGCAGACCAGGACGUGUUGGGUUACAGCCAUGCGUCUCUUCAAGUAUGGCAUGCAGCUUUACCAGAAUUUCAUCCAGCCAUAUCAGAAGCAGAAGAGCUCUCCAAUGAGGAGCAUCUCAGAAAACUCACUGGUGGCCAUAGACUUCUCAGGACACAAGACCCGGGUGAUCGAGAACCCGUCAGAGGCACUGUCGGUAGCUGUGGAAGAGGGCCUGUCAUGGAGGAGGAAAAGCUGUCACAGAUUGAGCUCUCAUGGCAGUCCGUCCGCUUCUCAGAGCUCCAUGUCCAGCAUAGCAAUCCAUAUGGCUCAGCCAUGGUUUCACAGCAAACUGUCCCGCGAAGAGGCUCAGAAAUUAAUCACUCAGCAGGGUCUCGUUGAUGGGGUGUUUCUGGUACGGGACAGCCAAAGCAACCCGAGGACAUUUGUUCUGUCGCUAUGCCAUACGCAGAAAAUCAAACACUUUCAGAUCGUACCGGUUGAAGAGAACAGCGAGCUCUUCUACAGUCUGGACGACGGACACACGCGUUUCUCCGACCUGCUGCAGCUAGUUGAGUUUUACCAGCUGAACCGAGGCAUUCUGCCCUGCAAGCUCAAACAUCACUGUGCCCGAAUCUCCCUCUGAAUCGCACCACACCACAACUUCUGGACGUCAGAUUGUGCCUUGGACGUGGAAACUGCAGCCGAUUUUGUGCUGUGGUUUCACUGUCCACCCUUGAUGAGCAUUAGGGUCUGAACUCAACACUUCGGCGGUGUGUUUGUGUGUGUGUUUGUGUGUGUUUGAUAAGGACGAGCAUUACUGUAUAUGGACUUCUGAGGACCCUGAUAUUCAGCAAGGGAUGAUGGCGUCGUAGAUGGGAAUGUAUAAUGUACAAUAUACCGAUACAAACACUCUCGGUGUGGAGGAGACCACCUUAUUAAGCUAUCAAUCAAAGCUCAUGUUUCAUGACAGACCAUCUGGGAGUCUGUAUGGUGUGGAUGAACCAAAGCCGAGUGCACAUGAUAGGAUUUUUACUGUCUGAGACUAAUUUAAGAGAUUUUUAGAAUGAAUAGAGUCAAAAAUGCAAUGAAUUUGUGACAUGUUUAUGAUUAAUUUCAUGGAAAAAAGUUUCGAUAAGAUUUCAUUUAUUAGCAUUAGGUAAAGAGUAGUUCACUUCAAGAAAAAAAAAA